AUGGUGAACAUGCUGUUCUGGACAACGCUGUCCGUCUCGGCGGCCUGUGCCUACGGCUCUGUGCUACCACGAGCGGCUUAUUUCGACUUGGCUGCCGUCGUUCUCAACGACCCGGCCGGCCGAGACCUCUUGGAAUCCACCAAGAGCAAGAUUGUUGACAACGGGGUCCUCUACUCGGAGGGCCCCCUCGGCGACUCCAAGGAGGCCGACUUGGAUAACGUGCUAGCGGAGGAGCGCAAAUGCCUGUACUUGCAUAACUCUGUUAAGUCAGAGGAAACAAGUCUGGAUAUUAAUCCCCACGCCGAUUAUCCUGAUCGCAUCUCCAGAGAUAAGCCUUUGCCCUUAAAAAUCACCACAUCUAAGGCAGUCAUUGAUACGGAACGACUCGGAUGGAAUAAGGAAAAAUCCACCGAAAUUGGAGCCUCCGUCACAGCUGAUACCUCUGUGAAUGCCGGCUUGUUCUCAGCUUCCUUGUCGGCAACCGUCUACGGAAAUCAGCGAACAACAGGUGGAGAGAACGGCGAAUCCUCUAAACAGACUGAAUGGUCAUAUACUGUUGAGAGCAACGAGGAGUGUCCUGCUAACAGUAUCUGUCGAAUUGUGACUUGGACAUACAUCAGGACUAUUAAGGGAACCUGUUCCCUUAUACCUAAUGUCGACACCCAGUGCCUGGGUCACAGCGAGGGGGCCAAAUUAAGUCUGGGACUUUUCCCAACGUGCCCCGCCUUGAAAUCAACCGCUCUCGAGUUUUUCAAAUUCAACGAGGAUAAGACUCAGGGUGAACUACGCGCCGGCCCCGUCGUGGAGGGCGUUAAGAUGCACCAACCAGAAUAUGUUCAAGGCCUUAAGCACGAGAGGAAGUGCUCGUUUUCCUAUGCCCUGAGAACCAAGGAAGGAGACCCUGUUAAGUCGCAGGCACUGAUUAUUGAGUCACGGGCAGAGACGCACAAGACACCGGUGACGGAAGUGCCUGCCGCCAAGAGGUGGUAUACCAAGCCAGACGGCGGCAGAUACUGCCUUCUCGAGAAUAACUGGUUCUGGCUGGCUAACAAUGAGUUCUGUAUCCCGGCUAACAAGGGCGAGCCGUGUAAGUGGGAGACUCGCACCGACUUGGCUGCGCCCAAGGGCCACGAGGACAAGUGUAACCCCAGGGCCACGGACACCGCCAAGGUGUCUGCCAGAGCCGACAACGACGACAUUAUCCCGCCGCCGCCCAACACCAAGUUUGGCGUCAAGAUCAUCUCGAGCAACCUGGAGGAAUUCGUUGCCCAGAAGGACAACAAUGCAGGCUUCGUGGCGAACCUCUUGGACGGCCGCCUCUACGUAGAAGAGCCGGGCUAUAUCAUCAAGGAACCGACGAGCAUCAACGAAUGCUUGAACAAGGUUAGACAGUAA